AUGGGUAACCAAUUGUCUUUGCUUCUGCAUCAAUCAUCUGCUUCAAUUGCAGUAUCUUCAUAUAUCGAUAUUUUAGAUGAGGUACAUUAUUUAUCGCAAUUGAAUUCUUCAAGUUUUUUAAGAACUUGUAAAGCUUUGGAUCCAAAUGGUAAAAUUAUCAUCAAAAUAUUUAUAAAAUCAAAUGAAAAUGAAAAUUUAAAUAAUUAUCAAAAGUUAAUCAAUUUACAAUCAAACAGUUUAAAGAAUUUACCAAAUGUAUUAAAUUACUCAAAAAUAAUCGAAUCAAAUAGAUGUGGUUAUUUAAUCAGACAAUUUGUACACUUCAACCUUUAUGAUAGAUUAAUUACAAGACCCUAUUUAUCAAAAAUUGAAUUGACUUUCAUUACUUUUCAGAUUCUAAUCGUUUUAAAAAAUAUUCAUGAUUUAAAUAUUACUCAUGGUGAUAUCAAGACAGAAAAUUUAUUGGUAUCAAGUUGGAAUUGGAUUACACUCACAGACUUCACCUCUUUGAUCAAACCUGUCUAUCUACCCGAGGAUAACCCCGGUGAAUUCUUAUUCUAUUUUGACACUUCAAAGAGAAGGUCUUGUUAUCUAGCUCCAGAAAGAUUCAAUACCACCUUGGCAAAUGAAAAUUACAAUACCAAUGCCAACAUCAAUUCUCAACAACAACAACAGCAACAACAAGAGCAGCAACAGCAACAGCAAGAGCAGCAGCCGCAGAAACCGCAACAACAGCAGCCACACCAGCAGCACCAACAGCAACAGCAGCAACAACAAAAACAAUUACCUACUCAGACAGCAAAAGUAACGAAAGAAAUGGAUAUCUUUAGCGCCGGUUGUUGCAUAGCAGAAUUAUUCUCAGAAGGGAAACCCUUAUUCAAUUUAUCCCAAUUAUUCAAAUAUAAAAACAGCAAUAAUAAUUACGAUAUAGAAAAAGUUUUAAAGGAAAAUUUGAGUUCAAAUUCAAUUGAAAUUUUACCCUUAAUUCUAGAUAUGAUAAAUUUAGAUCCAUCCAAGAGAUUAUCAAUAGAUGAGAUUUUAGCAAAAUACAGAGACAUCAUUUUCCCUGAUUAUUUUUAUAAUUUUACUUAUGAUUAUUUUAGAAACCUGGCAACUGCUGGUACGAGCGUACCAAUAGCUGAUAAAAUUUGUGUGCAUUCAACAUUAUCUGAUAAAAAAUAUAUUUUCGAUGAAUGUUGUGAAAAGAUUUAUAAUGAUUUUAAUAAGAUUUCUAAAUCAUUAGGUUAUGAUUAUAAUAUUAACAAACCUGAAAAUUCUAUAAAGUUAAAUUUAAAAAAUUCGAAAAUUAAUGAAUUUUUAAAAAGUUUAAAUUUAUCUUUAUUAAAUUUUCAUUCUCACGAUUCAAAUAUCAUUUCAAACCAGUUUAAUUCCAGAUAUUCCAAUGAUUCAAAAAAUAAUAUAAAUGACGAAGCCGCCAUAUUUUUCAUAUCAUUUUUAUCUCAUAGUUUAAGAAAUAUCAUAUCAAGGGAAACAAAAUUAAAAUGUAUUGAAUUAUUAACUGCAUUUUCACAAUUCAUCUCUGAUGAAAAUAAAAUUGACAGAAUAUUACCAUUCUUAGUUUCUUUGUUUGAUGAUAAUGAUAUAAUUGUUCAAUCUUUUGCAAUUCUAUCGGUGACACAAAUAUUAAACAUAAUAGAAAACUUAAAUCCAAUUAAUGAGAAUAUAUUUGUUGAUUAUUUACUACCGAAGAUGAAAAAACUUUUACAAUCACCAAAACCAAAUACCUAUUUAAGAAUCAUUUUUGCAUAUUGUUUCGGUGAUUUAACGAAUAAUGCAAAUAGAUUUCAAGAAUUAUCGUUUUAUUUGGAUUAUAAUGACGUACAUGAAUUAUUAUUAAAUGAUUUAGAAACUUUAGAUAUCAAAAAUAAGUACAUGAAGAAAUUGUCACAACAAAUUGAAGAAUUGUCCAUCUAUCUGUUAACAGAUAAUGAUUCCAGGGUUAAAAUAGCUUUAUUGGUUAACAUCCUCCCCUUAUGUAAAUAUUUUGGCAGGGAAAAAACAAAUGAUAUCAUUUUAAGUCAUCUAAUCACAUACUUGAAUGAUAAGGAUUCUUCUUUGAGAAUUCAAUUAAUUCAAUCAAUAUCCGGGAUAUCAAUUCUUUUGGGUCUUCUUACCGUUCAACAGUAUAUUUUGCCGCUACUAGUUCAAACAAUAACAGAUCCAGAGGAAUUGGUGGUAAUUACGGUAUUGAAGACUUUAAUUGAUAUUUGUAAAAUUGGAUUAAUGAAUAAGAAAUUUUAUUCAGAUAUAAUAGAAACUGUUGCUCCUCUUCUUCUACACCCAAAUACCUGGAUACGCCAGUUUUCUAUUAGAUUAAUUGUAGAAUUUUCAACAAAUUUAUCAAAUGCAGAGAAUUAUUGCAUUUUGUACCCAAUAGUGAGACCAUAUUUCGAAUUUGAUGUGGAAUUUAAUUUGGAAUCAAUGAUCACAAGUUGUAAACAACCAAUUUCAAGAACUGUUUAUGAUCUUUUGUGUAGUUGGUCGUUACGAAGCUCAAAAACAUUAUUUUGGAAACAGGUGCCAACAAAGGAUGUAGAUUCAUUCGGCAAUAAUAUAGUUAAUUUUGUCACAAAAGAUUAUUCAAUUAAAAAUUAUGGUUUUAACGCAAAUUCAUCAAUUAGAGCCUCGAAAUCUUCUUUGAAAAAUUAUGAUAACCAAGAGAUACCACUAACAGCAGAAGAUAAAAAUUGGAUAGAUAAAUUUAAAGCUUUAGGAUUGACUGAUGAUGAAUUGUGGAAAAUUGCAAUUUUGAGAGGUUAUGUAUUGAGAAUUUCAAAAAUGUUAAAUAGAAAAUCAAUAAUCAAGAAUAAUAAUGGUAAUAAAGACCUUGUGAGCACAAAGCUUUUAGAAUUUCCAAAUAUUUUACCAAAAAAUGUAUUCUUUGAUGUUACUUAUAAUGACACUAAAAAUGUCAUCCAUAAAAAUUUAACAAAAGUACAGGAAGCUGCUAAAGAUAACAAUAUCGAAAGUGUCGAUACCAAUCAUAUGAACGACAUAGGUCAUGUCUUCGAUUUAAAUGGCUCACUGAUUUUGAAAAAUAAAAGUAAUCCAAUUGUAAAUUCUAAUUUAGAGAAUAUUUAUGUGCAGGUUGAACCUUCAAAUCAGGAGGGCAUUUUUGACAAUGAUAAUUUAACAGAAGAUUAUAUUAACAAGGAGAACUUUAUCGUUACCAAUAGUUACGAAGGAAAUGAAAAAACAAUCAAAAGAUUCUUGGAUACUUUCGAUAUUGAAUGUGAGUUAAGCGAAUUAAAAGAAUUCGGUCCUAAGGUUUCAAACUCAUCAAACUCGUUUAAUCUCGUCAAUUUUAAACAAAAAAUGAUUGUGAAUCUAACAGAGGGAGAAUCAAACUCUUUUACUUCUAUAUCCUUAUCCAAUGGCCCAAUACCAUUUUUAGUUACCGGCACUGUUGAAGGUAUACUAAAACUAUGGGAUAUAGCAGAUAUUGCUACUGGCGAGGUAUAUUCUUGUUCAGUAUGCUUUGAUUGUUCUUCGACAAUUACUAGCAUUAUUAUGAUUCCUGGAUAUGAUUGUUUUGUUGUUAGCACAAAAGAUGGAAUUUUGUGGAUUUUCAGGGUAUUGUUCACUUCAUCAGAUAAAAAGAACCUAGUCAAUACUAUCAAGUGUAUUAGAAAAGAAAAUAUUAAUAAUAGCAGUAGCCCAAAUAAAAGUAUUAAUACUAGAUCACCUGGUAAAGACUUAUACGCUAUCAGAGUUAAAAUGUCAUUUAUCACUGGUUCUCCAUUAUUAUUUGUUUUGACAAAUAAGUCAACUGUUAUGGUUUACGAUAUUAGGGAUAUGAGAUUGAAACAUACCAUUAAGAAUCCUGUUGAAUUUGGUGCGGUCGUAUCAUUUACAAUAGACAACAGUUCUUCAACCUUAAUACUUGGUACGAUCAAGGGUGUUAUUUGCAUAUGGGAUCUAAGAUUUGAAGUAUUAAUCAGAAGUUGGACUUUCGGGGAUCAUACUUCGAUUACAAACAUAGAAUCUCUCGAUUCGUACGGAAAAUCGAGUAUUGUUGUAUCAGGAGGAUACACAGGAUCUCUUUUCACUAUUUGGGAUUAUUCAAGAAUUCAGUGUAAAUAUGCAUUUAUUAAUUCCGAGAACGAACCUCCUAUUGAGGUAUUUACCCCGAUAGAGAAGGAUAUCAAAUCCAUAGUUUCCAAAUUUAAGAUAGUUAAGGUAAUAUCCACAUACCUAUAUGUGAAAGACUUAACGAUUUUUACAUCGGAAAUUCUGGAAAAUAAUAUAAUUGCAUUUGAUUUAAAAAACUUAAAAUCAUCAAAAUGUAUCAUGAAAUUAUCAAGUGCUGUUGAAUUUUCAACUCGAAAAGUAACCCCUCAUCUAACAUACGUGUUAAGAAAAAGUACUGUGGAAAAAAUUGGUAUACCCAAUAACCCAUUCCACAAUGACAUUAUAAAUGCAAUUGAAGCGACACAAAUGAAUAAUUCAUGCAUUCUUAUAUCUGCAGAUAAUUCUGGAAUACUCAAUGUAUUUGGAUGA